GAUCCGGAAGUGGACGUCUGUAACACCUUUUUGUAUUACCCAGAAUCCCUUCCUCCUUCCUUUUCGACGUUCAUCUGGCAGAAUGGCACCGCUUAAAAAAGGAGGAGAGAAGAAGAAGGGGCGCUCCGCCAUUAACGAGGUUGUGACCAGGGAAUACACCAUCAACGUUCACAAGCGCAUCCAUGGCAUCUCUUUCAAGAAGCGUGCUCCUCGUGCCAUUAAGGAAAUUCGCAAGUUUGCCGUGAAGGAGAUGGGUACACCUGACGUUCGCAUCGACACCCGCCUGAACAAGGCAGUGUGGGCAAAGGGAGUCAGGAACGUCCCAUACCGCAUGCGAGUGCGCUUGUCUAGGAAGCGUAAUGAGGAUGAAGAUUCACCCAACAAGCUGUACACACUUGUCACGUAUGUCCCAGUCACCACAUACAAAGGUCUUCAAACCGUGAAUGUGGAUGAGAACUAGCUUUGUUCGUGAAUAAAUAGUAAUUUCUAAAAAGAA